AUGCUAUAUCUGUCCUAUAUUGAGUUCAGCGACUCCUCCUUGAAGAUAGAGGGCGCCGCGUUUCCCGCGCUUUUUCCAAGCCCGAGAAGGGGCGGGGCCGAGGGGGCGGGGCUUGGCCAGGCCAUGGGGCGCCCGCGGGUGUGCAGGCUGCUGCGGGGCUGCUUCGAGGAGGUGCUGCCCUUGGAGGCCUUCGUGAGGCGCCUCCAGGAGAAGGAGGCCGAGGCCUCGAGGGCCCCGCCGGCGGCGCCGCUGGUCCAGGAGGGGGACCCCAAGUGCUUCCGAGUCCUCGUGGAGCGCUGCCUGGUGGGCAGGCCCCGCGGGGAGAAGGCGCCCCCGCCUCGUUUGAGCUUCCAGCAGAUUUCUAGUCAGCAAGAUGUCGUUGCAAGAGUCGUUCAGCGAAUCUGUGAAAAGAACAAAAGGAAUGUCUUGGCCUUUGGCUAUUCUCUAUUGGAUGAAAAUCAUUUGCCAUUGCCCGGCAUGCCAAAUGUCUACAGCUACUUUACCAAUUAUACCACAGAAACCAUUUUUCAGAGUAUUCUCUGGGAGUUGAUUCUGAACAGAGUUGGGGAUGAUGUCUUCAUGUAUAUAUUGGAGCACUGCUCUCUCUUUAUGUUAGUGCCACCUAGUUGUUGUUACCAAAUCUGUGGGCAGCCCAUUUAUGAAAUUGCAUUCAAGGAUGCAUCUCCCUCUCCUGAAUUCCUCAGGCAGAGGUAUCCUGGGCCAAAACACAGCGCCUUGACUGGUUACCUGCAAAGAAGAAGAUUUCUAUCUUAUCAGCAACGCCCAGCAAGAGGAAACAGGAAGGAAUGGCAUCCUAGAAGAAAAUUAGGAAGGAUAGCAAAAGAUGUUUUGGAGGGCAGUUAUCCACAAUCUUUAGUGGUUCAAACAGUCAAGCAGAAUUUUACAGCGAAUGCCAGCGAAUGCCCAGAAAGCAGGCAAAAGGCCAGUGAGCGUACAUCUUCAACACGAUCUCUGAAAAGAAAAUGGAAAGGCCGUUGUGAAAUGAGCACAAAAAGAAUGAAAAUCAUGCAAAUAGAGAACAGGCUUCAGAAAGAAAUGGGAAACCCAGUUUCCACCCAAAGCAAACAUCCAUUGAGCCUAGAUGGUGAUGGUGUCACAUCUCAAAGCUCCACAAGCUCCUGCUUGGCGGAUGGGCUAACUCCUGUGCCGCACAGUAAUGAAUAUGGAGAACAGACUUCUGCUGUGCCAGAUGCACAUCUUCUUGAUCAUCAAAAGUCUUUUGUGAGUGGUAAGACAAUGACGCUAGUUAGUGGGAGUAAAACUCACGGUGAGCCUAGCACCAAAAUAGAAUCUGUCGAUAGGUCAACAAAACAAGGAGGUGGCGUUAGAUCUACUCGGAUGGUAUCAGCAGAUGGUGCCACUGCCAGAAGAGUCCAUGGCUCUAAAUCAAGUGGGAAGACUUCUGAUAAUCCUUCUUUUAAGAGAUCCUCUCUUUUGUAUUGUCGUCGACGAUUCAGUGAAUGUUUGCCUAAUUUUUUUGUGCUAAAUCAGUUGAAGGGUUCUCCGUCAGGGGGGCAAAAGCUAAUAGAGAAUGUGUUUUUCAUCAGUCAGAUCCCAAAGCAACUUGGCAGCUCAAACCUGAGCCAUUCCAAGCGAAAGAAGAGGCUUCCUAAACGCUAUUGGCAGAUGAGAAGCCUGUUCCAGGAACUACUACAGAAGCAUGCAAAGUGCCCCUAUCUAAGGAUUUUAAAAAAGAAUUGUCCAAUCAGGAUUUCUGAUUCAUGCAAGUUUGGCACAGAAGAGCAAACUUGUGAAGAAAAAGGGAACCAAGAGAGAAGGCAUUCAUCCCAGGGGAGCCAGGAGGCUAGUACUAUGGAGGAUUGCCUCAGUUCUGUACCAGUCGGUUUAGGCCACUUCCCAGGAGCUUCAAGCAGAAGCUGUCAGGAGGUUGGGUUGGGCCAAAAAGGACCCGAGGAGAAACCUGCUCUGGACUCUUCCAACUUCAGGGAGUUGUUUAAACAACAUAGUAGCCACUGGCAAGUGUACACCUUUGUGAGGGAAUGUUUACAGAGAGUGGUUCCUGCUGCGCUCUGGGGUUCUAGCCAUAACAAAUGCCGCUUCUACAAAAAUGUGAAGAAAUUCAUCUCCCUGGGAAAGUUUGCCACAUUUUCUAUGCAGGAGCUGAUGUGGAAAAUGAGGGUGAACGAUUGCACUUGGCUGCGUCUGACCAAAGGAUCUGGUCAUUUUGUUCCUGCCUCUGAACAUCAUUUUCGUCAAGACCUAAUGUCCAAAUUCCUCUACUGGCUGAUGGAUUCCUAUGUUACAGAGCUCCUCCGCUCUUUCUUUUAUAUCACCGAGACCAUGUUUCAAAAGAACUUACUUUUCUUCUUCAGAAAAACUGUUUGGAGCAAGUUAGAGGCUAUUGGAGUCAGGAACCACUUGUCCAAAGUGCAUCUCCAUGCCUUGUCAGAGGAAAAGAUAAAAAUUUUGCAGAAGAAAAAGUGUAUUCCCCUGGCCUCAAAACUCCGCUUCAUUCCCAAAACAAAUGGACUGCGGCCUGUGGUCCGGCUGGAUAGCGUAGUUGGAGCCAAAACUUUCUGCAAAAAGACUAGAGCAAGAAAGGUUCAGUUCUUCAAUACACAACUGAAGAACUUGUUUAGUAUUCUCAAUUAUGAACGAAUAAAGAAUCCUGCCUUGCUUGGGUCAUCUGUUUUUGGGAAAGAUGAUAUUUAUGCAAAGUGGAAGAAAUUUGUUUUGAAGAUCUUGGAGAAGAAUGAAGAAAUGCCUAAAUUCUACUUUGUGAAGGCCGAUGUCACAGGGGCUUAUGAUACCAUCCCUCAUGACAAACUGGUAGAGGUAGUUUCACAGGCCCUUCCUCCAAACAAAAAGACCACGUACAGCAUACGGCGCUACGCAGUUAUCAUAAGGACAAGAAAUGGACUUCUAAGAAAAUAUUACAAGAGACACGUAUCUACUUUUAAGGAGUUUAAGCCUGAGAUGAACCAUUUUGUGAGUCAUCUUCAAGAGAGCACUUCACUGAGAAAUGCAGUGGUAGUUGAACAAAGUAUUACCUUGAAGGAGACCAGUUCCCACCUCUCAGAGUUUUUCUUGGGUUUGAUUCGUAACAGCAUCCUGAAGAUUGAGGGCAGGUACUAUGCCCAGAACUGUGGAAUCCCCCAGGGCUCCAUUUUGUCGACUCUACUUUGCAACAUGUGCUAUGGAGACAUGGAGAACAAGCUGCUGCAGGGCAUACAGAAGGAUGGAAUACUGAUGCGUUUAACAGAUGACUUCUUGCUUGUUACGCCACACUUAGACCAAGCAAAAACAUUUUUGAGAACCCUAGCCACGGGAAUCCCAGAGUAUGGCUUUGUUAUAAAUGCAUCCAAGACAGUGGUGAAUUUUUCUGUUGAUGAAGAUAUCCCUGGACUGUCAGGGUUCAAACAAUUGCCGUUUCACUGUGUCUUUCCUUGGUGUGGAUUGUUGAUUGAUACACGGACACUUGAAGUGUAUUGUGAUUAUUCCAGCUAUUCCUGCACAUCUAUCAGAUCAAGCCUCUCUUUCAACUCUAGCGUCAAAGCUGGUGUGAGCAUGAAAAAUAAACUACUUGCUGUCCUGAAGCUGAAAUGUCACAAUGUGUUUGUAGAUUUGCAGAUUAAUAGUCUUAGAACAGUCUGUAUUAAUGUUUACAAGAUCCUUCUGCUGCAAGCCUACAGGUUUCAUGCGUGUGUUCUUCAACUUCCCUUUAACCAAAAAAUUAAAAGCAACCCUAGUUUCUUCCUGGGAAUAAUAUCUGAGACUGCUUCGUGCUGCUUCUGUGUUUUGAAAACCAAAAAUUCAGGUAGUUCAUCUCCACUUUCUUACAAAGCAGUCCAGUGGCUUUGCUAUCAUGCCUUCAGUGUUAAACUGGCCAUUCACAGAGUUAUCUACAAAUGCCUUCUUGUGCCCCUCGCACUGUGUAAAAAAAGGUUACUUCGGCAAAUACCAAAAGCUACUGUCCAGUUGCUAAGGGAAGUGACAGAGCCAUCCAUCUACGACGACUUCAAAACUAUCCUUGAUUAACUGCCUGCAUCCACAUUCGUCUCGAGAUCCAUGCUCCCUUUUCCUCUCCACACGCAAGAUCUCUUCAGACUCCUAAGAGCACAACAGGCUCUCUUUAACAGCUUUGCCUGGUCCACUGAAAGAUGAAGUCUAAAUACACUUCUGUUUGCUUAAAUUAGAUCUUCGCUAUGCAGAGGGAACAUGAGCAUUGUUAAGGUAAAAUACUUUCCCAGAUCCCCUCUCCAUGAGAAAUGUUUAAAUCGGUGUCCCAAGGAAAGAAAAUGUGAAUUUGUUGUCUGCUGAACACUGCUGUUCCUCAUAAAGGAGUGGAGUGUGCGUUUGCUUCCAUGCACCAAUGAUAAGCAGAAAAUUAUCUUUGAAAAUGUAAAGAUAGAAAUCAAUACUAAGUGUUUUUUUUUCUUAGAUAAAAUUGUGUAUAAUCUUGGUUGAAAUCCAGACUGGAUGUACACUCCCAUAUAAUGCAGUUUGGAACCGCAUUAUAUGGUCAACGUAGACUAUAAAAUGCAGUUUAACUGCAUCGAAUCACACAAUAUGGGUCUACUCUGAUCAUAUCCAAGAUGCAUUACAUGGCAUUGUCGAUCCAGCCUCAGUCCCAGCUAGAAUAAAUCCAUUGAAGCAGUUGUUGAGUAGUGAAUUGACACAUUGGUAAAUCUGAUACAGUGGGUCUGCUUUAGUUGGCACUAGCAAUAUGAUUUGGGCCCUUUCUUGUGUUUUUAUUUAAACAAGAACAAACAUUUUGGUAUAAUCCA